GUAUGAUAAGGUGAACAGACACAUAGCUGUAAAACAUAGCUGUACAACAAGAUUAAAGUAAUGAAAUCUUACCAGUGAUAGUUAUAGGAAACUGCAAGGCAUACGUCUUAUUUACCUUGGAGACAAUAUUUGUAUGAUAUUAUUUUUAAUUCAUUUAUACCGGAUUUCUUUUAAUCAGCAUGGGCGUUCAUUCUGUUCCGUUUACCUGUAUUUCACCUUUGUGAGACCUUUAAGGUCGGCAAGCGAUCAAUAGAUAUUGUUGACUCCGACAGACGGUUCCAGUUCCUACGUUUAAAAUCCCAUCACAACCAAUAUCUGUCGACACUCGGGUAGCAGAGGACAGGCGAGGCUGCCUAGGAUAUCAUACGUCACAAGUGUCUUGGAAUUUUCGGGAAGACAACGUUACAUAAUUUAAUAAGUUUCAACAACACCUGUUUCGGCUACCACUACUCUGACGACAAGCACUCCGGUCAUGGCGUGCGGAGCGCCACCUAGUGUGGCGGCAGCCACAGUCGCAUACAACGAUACUGUUGCCACCUUCACAUGUAUUAGUGGGUACUCUUUGGCGGGUAGCAACCAGAUUGUUUGUUCCGGCAGCACCUGGACCGGAAAUAGCCCAACAUGCACCUAUCUCACACAGGCUGACGACAUCGAUACCAACGUCAAUGUAUAUAACUCUGACAUGCCGGAUUGGUUGCUCGGAGUACUGGCCGCCUUGGGGUGUGCUGUUGCCCUAUUGAUAUUGACCUGUAUCGUCUGCUGUUGUAUGUACAUGUGUGGGUGUGUGUCGGGGCCCCUAGGUUCCGGUGCGAAUGCCGUACACCCUUUGAACACCCGAGGAUCGCCAUGUUGUUGUUGUAACCAACGGCGACGGCGAAGAAGAAGAGGGGACGAUUUCUAUGACAGCAGAUCUUCAAGUGUCGUGGACAUGCGCAAUGGACACAAAAAUGAUCAGGAAGUGCGGAUAGCGGGUUUCAACUAUUCAAAGUCAAAGAAGGGAUACCCUAAGACGACGCACGUCAGCGAGGCAAACUCCACUCCGGAUAGCGGGUUAGAUUCCUCACGUCACGGAGAGUCGCCUGCUUUUGUCAACGGCCAGAACACGACAGUCACGACCAUUCAAGAACUGGUUCUUAGGGACAAGCGGAACCAGCCAGCCCGGGAAGUGAAGCAGUGGAUGCCGCACUCCCACACCAUCCGCAACAACAACACGAGUACAAAGUAGUGUGACAAUGGCCGUCACAUCCCCAAAGCUUCAGCAUAAUUAACUCAUUCACCCCUGAAGACACAUUUGAAUCCUUCCAAAUCACAAGUUGGAAUAGCUCAUUACGAAAUUUCAGAGGUGAAUGAGUUAACUCGAGUUCAAAGUAGUGAGGUAGUUGAUGCUACACUCUCGUAGCGUCUGCAACUUUAACUCGAAUUACAAGUGGUACAUAUGUAGGGACACUGACAUGAAUUUGAUUUUGAAAAAAAAACCUUAUUUGUAAAAUGGAUCAAAAUAUAGCACAAAAAUAUGUCUACAGUUUCAUAAAGUACAACCAGUGAAUGUUUAUGUGUAACGUUUUGAUGAUGAGCGGGUCAGGUAUCCUGUCACCAAAAUAAAUUGAAUUGAGGGAAUAUAUUCUCAGAAAUGCAGCAUUCAAAAUACGUUUUUUAUUGUUUAUAUCAUGGGAUUAGUAACUUAUAGAACAAACAAACGAAUAACAAAAACAAUCAAAUGCAAGCAAAACAAGCGAAUGGGGAAAAUAGGGAUUUUAAUAGGAGAUCGAUUAAGUAUAGCAUUCGAAUUUUUUGUAUUUGAUUUUUUUUUUACAUGGCGUCUUUUUUUCAAUUCGUUUCAAAAUAUUACCUUCUUUAUCAGCUGACAACUAGAAUGUAGUAACGAUUAUUCUGUAUUUCUACAGAACAUUUUGCUUCUUACGUAUUAAUUGUGAAAGAAAAUAUGUGCCAAUAAAUUCAGUAACCAGAUAUGCAUGUGGCCUUUCUAACAAAGAUGUCGUGUUUGUACUCAUUCAUGUUCCUCAUUCCAUUCUUGUAAAUAAUCUUUUAUACUUGUACAUUGUAAGACUGAUGCUUGACAGUAGUGUCACGACAGUUUUGUCACGCGUAUUAUUUAUUCAUCAUUGCCAAAAUAUAAUGUAUAUGUUAUUUAUUAAUCAUUUUGUAAAAAAAAAUACUGUAACCGCAUGUUAUUGUUAUUUUGAAAAUACUGUUUCUACUGUCUGAUUUCUAUAUCAUGUUCAUUAUACAUCAGCAAUAUCACAUUUUCAUAAUUUGUUUUUACUUAAUUGUGUUGCUUUAAACCUCCAUAGCAAUAGAAAUUCGUAAGUUAAGAAACAUUUAAUCUGAACGCGCCGGUUUCUAAACCGACAUCUUAUUUUGGGUGAAUAUUCAAAAUUUCAAAUCAGGUAAUACUGUAUUCUGUAGAUGUGGUCAUUAAACUGACAAAAUAUAUGACGUGUUACACAUCAUAAACAUGUGGAAAUGGUUGCUGUUGUGUCAUAAUUAUAUCCACUCUUAUUGAUCGAUUUUAUAUUAUUUCAAGGACAACAUUGUCUCAGUUGUAACUGCUGGCAUUUUUGUACAUAUUUUGAAAAUUUGAUAUCACAGAUUUCCUUUUUGUAAAAAUAGAUAUUCAACAUUUUUGCGGAUACCGUGUUUGGCGAGUCCGAUGCGGGUAUAACAGGAUGCGUUCGUGGAUGCUUCACUUCGCGGAUUAAUUGUUUUCGAGGUUUGCUGUUUUAUGUCUUGUGUCCGAUUAUUUGAAUCGAUAUUUGUGGUUUUACUGUAACCACGCAAACAGCAAAAAUAAAUUGAACAGUGUAAGUUUCGGGAUAUCCAGUAUAUUAGUAGAUAUUUAUAGUAAAUUGACGGAGCUUCUGUCUUGUUACAUAUCUACCAUUUCAUUUGUAAGUUUACUUGUAACAUGCCCAUUUGUUGUAAAUGUACGUAUCUUUAUUGCUCAUUAUUAUUAUACAUUUUUCAUUGAAAUGUUUCGAUUCUCUGUUAAUCUUGUUCGUAGUUAUUGUUAAACAUAUAUACGCAAUCAACUCUGUGAUUCUUUAGAUUCUUUAAAAGCAUGUUUUAAUAAACUUGAUU